UAGACUUUGGAGUAAGAGGUAGGAAAAAAGCAACAAUGAGGCAAUGAAAUAAGAAGUGAUGGUGGAACCGAGACGUUUGUUGGACCAAGAUUAUAUGAAAGACCUCGCCUUAUUCAGUGAAAAAGAUGGGGAACCAACAUUACCAUCUGGUUCCCAGUCCUUGAGUAAAGCUACUGGUACCAAGCUUGCUGGUGGUGGUGGUAAAAGUGGGAACUCUAAAUCCAAAUCAGGGAUGUCAAGAAGAGAGUCUGUGAUUGGUCGAGCUCAGUCCAUGCUCGAAGCUCCGGUCAGUAAACAGCGCAGAAGCUCUCUUCAGCUUCCUUUCCAAGGGUUUUUCCCGUCCCCUAAACUUGGCGACGGGCCAAAAAAUGCUGAUGACUCGGCAGGUAGUUUACGAAGUCGGCGUGGAGUCAACUUGUCAAUUGAUGAUUCUUCGUUUCCGAUGGCACUGACCGUGAGCCCGCAGGGUACGCUGCGAGAGGUUGAUACUCGCAAACAGAAACAGCCAAGCAAGUUGACGACACUCUUCAGCCCGCUGAAUAAG